AUGGCGCUCCAACCGACACCAGACCAGAAGAUUGAUAGACAGACAACGACGCCAUUCCUCCUCCGACUCUACUACCGGUCCAAUGGCUUCCACUCGCCCAACGAGUUCUCGACAGUGCCGCCGCCGUCAUGGCUACAACAGUCGAGCCUGCAAAUCUACACAUGGCCCUCGUGCACACUCGCCGAAUUGACGACGCUCCUCACCACCGCCCUGCCCAGUCUGCUGCCUUCGCCAUCCGUCGGCACCCGCAUUGGCUACCGUCUAGUCUUCCCCGACACGCGCAGUGUUCCUCCUUCAGGCGGCCACGACGCUCCAGGACGAUGGUUAUCAAAAGAGCUGGGUAGUGUGGUCCUCGGGCAUGGUGAUGACUACGAUCAAGAGAACGAUCCAGCUGGACUUGGUCGCAUGGAUGGCGACGCGCAAAAAACUCUCGCAGACGCGCGCUUCGUCAUUGGAGACUACAUAUCAUGCGCCGUCUUCCCGCCUCUAGCAGACGGCUCUGUCGCUCCUCUACCCCCCGCUACACCUGCCAUCAGAGGUACCUCUGGACGUGGAGGCCCACCACCUCGCGGCGAGAACGGCAGAGGUCCAAGACCAGGAAGAGGUCAAUUUGCUGGAGACAGAGACUUUGGCCCUCAGCGUGUACCUCAGGGCGAGUGGAGACGGGGCGAGAGAGUGCCUGAGUAUGCUCGCUCGGGCAGAGGAGGUGGCGCUGGUGAGCGCGAACGUGGAGGUGGCAGAAACAGGCCUUAUUGA